CAAAAAAGAACAAGAAAAAACGAUUUCUCCCACUUCAGCGACCACUAGCUCCGAUGCGAGAAACAAUAUUUGCUCCGAGAUAAUUCAGAAGAAGAAGCCAAGUGGCUGGUGCGAUUCACAUCCGUUCUCUCAGACAGAUGACCAGACUAUGUGGCCUUGAUCUCGGUUCCUCCCCUCAAGCUUGCCAUUAAGCACGAUGUCGACCACCGUGGAAAAUGGGAUGGGAGGGUUUUCCAACACGAGUAGAGAGAAAACCUACAAGAAGACCACGUCGUCAGCGCUGAAAGGGGCCAUUCAGCUGGGCAUUGGCUACACCGUGGGCAACCUGACCUCCAAGCCCGACAGAGAUGUCCUCAUGCAAGACUUCUAUGUGGUGGAGAGCGUCUUUCUUCCGAGUGAGGGCAGCAACCUCACACCGGCCCACCACUACCCUGACUUCCGCUUCAAAACCUACGCGCCUCUGGCUUUCCGCUACUUCAGGGACCUGUUUGGCAUCAAGCCGGAUGACUACCUGUACUCUCUGGUGAACGAGCCUCUAAUCGAGCUCUCAAACCCGGGGGCCAGCGGCUCGCUCUUCUACCUGACCAGCGACGACGAGUUCAUCAUCAAAACGGUCCAACACAAGGAGGCCAAGUUCCUGCAGAGACUGCUGCCCGGUUACUACAUGAACCUGAACCAGAACCCGCGCACGCUGCUGCCCAAGUUCUACGGCCUCUACUGCAUCCAGUCGGGCGGCAUCAACAUCCGCCUGGUGGUGAUGAACAACGUGCUGCCUCGCUCGGUGCACAUGAACUACAUGUACGACCUCAAGGGCUCCACCUACAAGAGGCGGGCCUCCAGGAAGGAGCGGGAGAAGGCCAAUCCCACCUACAAGGACCUGGACUUCCAGGACAUGCUGGACGGCCUGUACUUUGACACAGAGACCUACAACAACCUCAUGAAGACCCUUCAAAGGGAUUGCCGGGUCCUGGAGAGCUUUAAGAUCAUGGACUACAGCCUGCUGCUGGGGGUGCACGUGCUGGACCAGCAGCAGAGGGAGGGCGGGGAGGCGGGGCCUGCCCUGGGGGGCGGGGACGGCAAGCGGCCCGUGGUGCAGAGGGUGCUCUACUCCACCGCCCUGGAGUCCAUCCAGGGGGACGGCAAGGCGGCCGAGGCCCUCACCACGGACCACACGAUGGGCGGAAUCCCGGCGAAAUCGCACAAAGACGAAAAGCUGCUUAUAUUCCUGGGAAUAAUCGAUAUUCUGCAGUCAUACAGGUUCAUCAAGAAGCUGGAGCACUCGUGGAAAGCGCUGGUUUACGACGGCGACUCGGUCUCGGUGCACCGGCCUGGUUUCUACGCCAACCGCUUCAUGAAGUUCAUGAGCACGCGGGUGUUCCGGAAGACGCAGACCAUCCGUUUCUCCCCGUCCAAGAGGACGCGCUCCUCCAUCCCGGCGCUCAAGACCUCCUCCCAGGAGAUCCUGUCGUCGCAGGGCGAGGAGCAGCCGGAGGAGCGGGACCACCGGGGGGGAGAGAGGCUGGCGGGGGCCCGCAGCCUGGCCAGCCUGGACGGACAAGCUGUGUUCGGCUGCUACCUGCGCCCAGACCUGGUCCCCCCCCACUCGUCCUGCUACAACGGCUCCUCCAUGGGAACCAUCUCCACAUCCUCCAUCUUUGUCAACCUGGACUCCCAGACAGAACCCAGAGACGACCUGGCCUCCAGCUCCACCUUCACCCUGGAGGACAGUGCCAUCUGCCUGACCUCGGAGCAGAGCACCCUGGACGUGGACGUCGACCGUGACGACGGCUCCGUGCUGGACGUCUACUUGUGAAAGGAACGGCUUCUCCACUCGACGCACUCCCUCCGGUUCCACCCUCGACCAGUCAUCCCGACAAUCCACUCCACUGCUCUCCACGGGGAAGGGUUCUUCAGUCCAGCCGGAGCUCUGCAGCUGGAUCCACUCCGCCACUUGUAUUGCCAAAACAUAAGCAAAAAGCCGGUACCGCAGAAGGACCUCUAGGGGGAAAACGCAUCAAUCCAAUCAAUAGUAGAUUCUAGACUUUCAUAGGAAAACCGAGACAUUCCAGCUUACUGUCCUAUCGUGACCCACCUCAGGCUCCAACUGAGUGGUGUCGCAACCAGAGUACGUAUCAGUGCUAUGCCAUUCACUUUUAUACAUAUACAUGUCAAAACACUAUUUUCAUGAUCCGAAGAUAAGAGCGUUUAAAGAAGAAAGGAGAAAAAAAACAAUAUAUUGCAAGAGGUAUAAAACCAAUACAUUUGUAUUCACUUGUUUCGUCUUUCUGCAAACGAGAAAGAGAUGACUAGUGUUUUGUCAAAGUAUGGCUGCUCCUAUUGUUCUCCCGGAUGUUUACAGUGAAUCCGUGAAGUCAUCCUCGUUCAAAGGUGGACGGAGGCACUGUCACACAGGAAAAAGGAACUCAAGCCACCGUGAAUACCCUCAUAAAGGAGUAGAAAGACAAGACGGCCGCAACGGAUGAACCGCCUUUUGAAAGCAAUCACCAAGGCCGAACACGGACGGUGUGUUGUGAUUGGGCGACUCAGCUCUGCAUCAUUAUCCUUGCGAAGGACUUCUCAAUGGAUGCACCGUUUUAAAGGGGGCCACCAUGCACAGAGGAUGUGGUGACCAGGAAGAAACAAGGCGUAGCCAUGCACCCGUUUCGAUGGUCCUAUGUGGAGCAAGACUCUCUGGACGUUUGGUUUAUCAUCAACGUUCAGUAACUUCCUGGAUCUGAGGCGUUCAGUGUGUCGGGGUAAAACGAGGUUACCCGGUCUAAGCAAAGGACGAGUGAAUAUGCACAAAUAGCUUUUUUCUCAAUUGUUUUUUCUAACAUAUGCACACAACCGCUCUGUAUGUCGUCACUAGUUCAGUACGCACAGAUAAUGAGACUUUUUGUAGGUGAUUUUGAUGUGGAACUUAAUAUUUUUUAUGAGGUUUGUGUCACGAAUGAUGAGGCCUUCAUUUUAGCAUAUCACUUGAUCCUGGAGAAGUGUACGACUGCACCACAAAGCGAGGCCUGCGCCCCACAAUACGAGGCUGUCCAAUAGCUCUUCGUGAAGACAUUGAAUUGUGUUGAAUUGCUUGAUCACAUCUGUCAUUUUUAGAACUAUAAUUUAUUAUAUAAAUAUCUAUAGCUAUACUGUUUUGCUUGAAAAACAUAGCUGAAUGUAAAGACAAUGUGUAUUUAUAUAUAGAGAAUAGGGUCCUAUAAAACGGUUGAAAAUAUGUGUUUUUGUUUGUCCAUUCAUUUGGUACAUGCAUGCAACCAUCUCAAUGAAGUGGUUUUAAACACACCAAAUAUUAGGCAGAAUUCAACAACACACUCAUUCCACAGUAAAGACAUUUCCUGUUGUGUAAC